AUGAGCGGACGCCCUAGGACCACGUCAUUCGCCGAGGGCAGCAAAUCCGUUCGAAAGACUUUCGAAAAUCAACCACCGAAACCACCACUCGGAGGAGUUAAAAUCAGUAGCGACGUGGAUACACCUAAAAAGAUCGAGCUGGCUCCAGAUAAGAAGGCUACGCCCUCCCAUCGUAAGGACGGCUCCAAGGUGACGACCGUAGUAGCGACGCCGGGCCAGGGGCCCGACCGGCCGCAGGAGGUGAGCUAUGCUGACAUGAAACUCAUCGGAAACGGCAGCUUCGGCGUCGUCUACCAGGCUAAGUUAUGUGACACCGGUGAGCUUAUUGCCAUCAAAAAGGUGCUCCAGGACAAAAGAUUUAAGAAUCGUGAGCUUCAAAUCAUGCGACGACUAGAGCACUGUAAUAUUGUCAAACUGAAAUAUUUUUUCUACUCCAGUGGAGAGAAGGCGGCAGUGCCCGCAGCAGUGAGCUCAAUGUUAAACGCAAUGCAGUCUCUUGAUGUCGCAAAAGACGAAGUGUACCUGAAUCUGGUGCUGGAGUAUAUACCUGAGACUGUGUAUAAAGUGGCACGUCAUUACUCCAAAGAUGAACAAACCAUACCCAUUAGUUUUAUAAAGCUGUAUAUGUACCAGUUGUUCAGAAGCCUCGCGUACAUACACUCGCUGGGCAUCUGCCACCGAGAUAUCAAGCCACAGAAUCUAUUACUCGACCCGAAGACUGGCGUACUCAAACUUUGUGAUUUCGGCUCCGCAAAACACCUAGUUCGCGGCGAACCCAACGUUUCCUACAUUUGCUCCCGAUACUACCGUGCUCCAGAACUCAUUUUUGGCGCCAUUGAUUAUACCACUAAAAUCGAUGUCUGGAGCGCCGGGUGCGUUGUAGCGGAAUUAUUAUUGGGUCAACCAAUAUUCCCAGGCGAUUCUGGUGUCGAUCAGCUUGUUGAGAUCAUAAAGGUACUAGGUACACCAACACGAGAACAAAUUCGAGAGAUGAAUCCUAACUACACAGAAUUCAAAUUUCCACAAAUCAAGAGCCACCCUUGGGCAAAGUACAUGUUGGAGCGUAUGUCCACGCCCAAGUGUGCCACUGACCACCAGCGCAUCCGAGUGUUCCGCGCGUGCACGCCGCCGGACGCCAUCUCGCUGGUGUCGCGGCUGCUGGAGUACACGCCGGGCGCGCGGCUGUCGCCGCUGCAGGCGUGCGCGCACAGCUUCUUCGACGAGCUGCGCGAGCCCGCCGCGCGCCUGCCCAACGGGCGCCAGCUGCCGCCGCUGUUCAACUUCACGGAGUACGAGCUGAGCAUCCAGCCGUCGCUCAACGACUUCCUCAAGCCGAAGGCGGAGGCCCGCGAGGCGGCGGGCGGCGGGGGCGGGGGCGGGGGCGGCGCGGAGGCGGAGGCGCCGGCCGCGGGCUGCGCGGGCGCGGAGGCGCGCUCGUAG